UGGUGCUCUUCCUGGCGAGUUUGAGGACCACGGUGACGGCCAGCCUCUCCCAGAUUGGACGCAUGGUUCAGAGAAAUGUUGACAGGGCCUUUCAGAAGUCUCAGGCUGCAAUGUUUAGGUUGUUCUCACCACUGCUCGAGAAGCACAUUUUGGACCAUCUACUAAGAAGCGUCUACUGUUUUGUUAUUACCAAAAUUUAUGCAUGAAGGAGCAGUCAUUUCUUUUCUCCUUAAAUUUUGGUUUUGGAUUUUCAGGCAUCUUUCCUUUAUAAAAUAAAGCUCUACUAUGUAAUGCUACUCCCUCUGAUCCAUAUUAAUUGUCUCAAAUUUGCCCAAAUAUGGAUGUAUCUACCCCUAAAAAGCGUCUAGAUACAUGUAAUAUUUCGACAACUAAUAUGGAUCGGAGGGAGUAGUAUAAUUUAGCAGGCAAUUUUCCUUGUGUUAUCUGUAUCCCCUCUUGUUAUAUCUUCCCUAUUCUUCGAUUGUAGUUUUUUACUAACAAAUCCAAGGGAGAUAUAUUCUUCAACUGUAAAUACCUGAGAUUCACGUACUGACGUACUAAGAUUAGUCAUUGUUUGGCUGGAAGUCCUUUCAGCAACUGUUGGUAGGUUGAGAACAUGUUUCUUACCUACUCCAUGUAGUUAGGUUCGAGAUUACGUGCCUAAUGAGGAUUCUGUUUUGCAUCAAAGCAAAUCUGUUCGCAUUAUGUAAUAUUUGUAGAAGAAUUUUGGGUAACAGCUUCACUCUUGGAUUUGGUAAAAUAACCUGUAAUAUGUUCUGCCAUAUGGAAAUUCCAAGGCACGAUAGGUAUCUGAAGCUGACCUGUGUAAUUUUUCUCCUUGCUUUCAUUGGCCACAGCAAAUUGGAAAGCUUAGAGGGGCAGCUUCGAGGUCUUCAUCAAGAAAUGAAACAAUUGACACGUCUGUACUCUGCUAGCCAGGCUGCUCAACAAACUAGACUAGAGACAAAUCAUGAGCAUGGCACUGCCGAGAGAUCCAACACUCGGCUGUGUUUCCUGAAUGAUCUGCAGACACCUAUUUACACAGACAAGAAUAUAGCAGCUGAGAACAAAACACCUAUUAAAAUUGGCAUAUUUGAAGGCCAGAAUAUUAUCAGGAAAGGCCCACUGUCUAACAUUAAAGUUGAGGUCAUGGUUCUCCGAGGCGACUUCUCCAAUGAUGGUCAGGAGAGCUGGAGCGAGGAGGAGUUCAACAGCCAUAUAGUGAAAGGCCGGUAUGGGCAAGGAUUUGUGUUAGGGGGUGAUAAUUGUGUUGUGCGGCUGACCAAUGGGGAGGCAUCUCUCGGAAAAUUACGCUUCAAGGAAGGGUCAUCCAGAACUCGCAGUCGAAAGUUCGUCCUUGCAGCAAGAGUAUGUAAGACUGAAACUACCGGUGUUCGUGUUCAGGAAGCUGUCAUGAAGCCUGUGACUGUGCGGGACCGUAGGAAUGAAGCAAAUGAGAAAAGGCACCCUCCAAAGUUGGAUGAUGACGUUUAUCGUUUGGAGGAGAUCUCCAAAGAUGGAAUUUACCACAAGAGGCUUCAGAAGGCGCAUAUCUUCACUGUGCAUGACUUCUUGAAAGCUUUGAACAAGAAUGACAAGAAGCUGCGUGAAGAAGUUCUCCAGAUGAGGAAGCAGCACAAUUCUUUUGUAAAAAUGGUAAACCAUGCCAGGGAGUGCUGUCUCAGAGAGAAGUAUGAUUUGAAAGCAUAUGAAAAUGAAGAGAGAAAUGUGAGACUUUAUUUCAACUGUGUGGAUCAACUUGUUGGAGCAGAAUUUCAGGGUGAGUAUAUCACACAAGACGAAUUCGAUCCAGCUCAGAAGGCUCAAGCAAACAAACUGAAAGAGUGCGCACAUGAUAAAUUGGAGGACAUUUCAUUUGAUUAUGUAAUGAGGAACAACUUCCCAGCAAAAGUAUGUACAAGUUCAAAUGCUGCUGUCGCGGGCCCAUUCUUUCCAAAUCCUUCUGGUCAAAACAUGUCCAAUCAAGGUGAACUAUUGAUGUAUUCAUUCUUACUCAUACGAUGCAUAACUAGUCUAAAAUCGACAGACCAUAACUUGUUGGUUGAAGGUACUUCAGCAGCUGUGAGCCUGGGCCAUGACGAGGUCAGCUCUCUAGCUGAACCAUUACUACCAACUGAAGAGCAAGUUCCGCUUGGUCCAACUAAUUCUUGCAAUUCUGUCGUGGAGCAUGGUCCGCUUUCUGAUCUUGUGUUCGAAGAAGACGACUUUGAUGUGUUCCAGGAUUUCAAUGCAUUUUCUGAACCAGACUUCCCCUGCUUUGGAGAUGAUGCAGUGCAACCAUUGUGGGCCAAUGAUGAUCCGCAGCCUAGCAGCUCUUCUUUUCCUGGAAUGUUUCACGGCAAUGAGUGAAAGUGAGCUCCUAGCCUGACAUAGUGUAAAUAACCUUCUUUGCAUCGAGACACAAAGCUUUUGUGUUUCCUCAAGGAAAAAAAAAACCUGACAUGGUUUUGGUUGCGUAACAUUUUGUUGUGCUGUAACCGUAAGCUUGUGAUAUAGGGUUUUCAAGGGGUGGGGCAAUUUUUUGUUACCCACUGUGAUGUGUAGUUGUGCAAAAUUCCUCAGCUGGUUUGUGUAUAUGUGUGAUUUGUAUAUAAGUAUUCUCCAAAAAGGGUGAUCCUUCUUGUCUUGAAACAAUAAUACAUACCUUCAUUGAUGCCUACUUGAUGUACAUAAAUCCAUUUUUUUA